UGCUGCACACUGGCCACAGGUUUGCUCCUGGUUGCAAGACUCAAGAAACAAAGUCCAAGAUGAAGCACAUUCUCUUCUUUUCAUUUCUGCUCUGUGGGGUCUUCGUCACACGAGUCUGCUGCCUUCCAUAUGGGAAUAUUUCACUAGCUUGUGAAUCGAUGUUGCCAAACCACUCUGUAGAACCACAGGAAUCCGAAUCACCCUAUCACAUUUCUGUAUCAUCAGAUGAAUAUGACCCAGGAAAAGAAGUAAAAGUGAAAAUAGAAGGAACACCUGAUGUUGGAUUUAAAUGGUUUAUGCUACAGGCUCGAGACAUUGAAGAAAACAUUCCAGUUGGUUCAUUUCAGAUCACAGAUCCAAACACGCAAAGCCUUGACUGUUACAACCUUUCAAAUUCAGCAUUAAUUCAAACAAACUUGGAUACGAAACAGGACGUAACAGCACACUGGGUUUCACCUGAUGCUAAAACUAUUCAAUUUAUAGCAACCAUUUUUCAAGACCCUGAAACAUACUGGGUUGUUGUUCCCAGUGUCGUCCUCUUUCCUAGAAAUUUCAGUGAGGCAGAAGAUGAUUCCAAAAUUGUUGGUGAAUCUCAAUCAGCCCAAGUAUCACCCAAAAGCAGGAAGAAGUCUGCAGGUAUUACUCUAAGAAUAAACUGUGGCCAGGGUGGCAGUUAUGCAAGCAGCAGUGAAUGUACCAAGAUAUAUCAGGGUUCUUCGUCUGGCUCUUAUUCUGGCAGGCAGGAUGGUUCAGUGUACCAAGGAGGAAUCAAAAAGGGUGGCUGCGCUGGUGGUGGAGUUUCAAGUGUCUACAGCAAGUAUGGCUGCCGUGAUGGGGGUACAGCGUACAGUAGCAGCUCAUAUGGGCAGUCUGUGUCAACUGUGUCAGAUACCAAAAAGACUUUUCAGCAUCCUCCUAGCAACCCCUACCCACCAGAACGUACAUCAAUCACUGCGCAACUUGCCAACUCUCACUAUAAGCAUAUUCAGAGCACUCAAUAUGGCAGCAAAGUACAGAGCCAGGGUUCACAACCGCAAAGUGGCAUCCGUAUUACCAUUCAGAGUGGACCAGGCGUGCGGUUCUGUGAUAAGACCUCUUCUUCUUACAACAGCCAAGCCUGUAAACAGAGUAUGCAGUCUUCCACAUCGCAGAGCAGUUCUUAUGGAUCACAGCAGGGCGGAUCCUCUAAUUCAAUUGGUGGUGGCCGUGGAACCGCAAAUUAUGGUGGCAGCAGCGGAUCUUCAAAUUAUGGCGGCAGCACUGGAUCCUCAAACUAUGGUGGCAGCAGUGGAUCCUCAAACUAUGGUGGCAGCAGUGGAUCUUCAAACUAUGGUGGCAAUAGUGGAUCCUCAAAGUAUGGCAGUGGCAAGCCUUGCGGACAGGGGUAUACAUAUGAUAGCAAUCCUUGCAAUCAGCAGGGUGGAUCAUCACAACAAAAUUAUGGAAGUAGCCAGGGUGGAUCAACAUCUCAACAAAGUUAUGGAGGCAGGCCGGGUGGCUCAUCAUCCCAACAAAAUUAUGGAAGCAGUCAGAGUGGAUCACCGUACCAGCCAAGUUAUGGAGCCGGCCAGGGAGGAAGUUAUGGAAGUAACCAGGGUGGAUCAUCAGGGCAGCAAGGCUAUGGAAGCAACCAGAGUAGACCACCGUCCCAGCAGGGUUAUGGAAGUAACCAGGGCAGUUCCAGUUCUCAAGGAAACCGCAAUCCUUGUGAUGGGAGCAGUUAUUCUGGUACAGGAUAUAGCAGUAGCAACUGCCCACAGGGUGGAUCUUCCCAGCAACGGUUUGGUAGCAACCAGGGUGGAUCUUCCCAGCAACAGUUUGGUAGCAACCAGCAGGGUUCUCAGACUUACGGAGGACGAGGACGCUACAACAGUAAUGACUGCGAUGUUGGUGAUGCCAAAAGUUACGGUGAAAAGGCUCUGAGCUCGGCAAACUGUAGAGGCAAAAGGUCUAUUGAUACUCCAGCUACAUCUAAAGAUUUCAUCACAAAGAUUAAACAAGCCGCAGCUCAUGCUUUAGUACGAAAAACGCGAAGUAAAAAAAUCCGUACUCUAGUCAGAAAGGCUCGGAGUGAAAAAACUGAAACGGCUACUUCUGAAAGCAAUAACAAUGACCAGGAUGGAUCAUUUAUGGUAUCUGCCUAUAGACAGGGACAAUGUGUUUGCCCUGGUGCACAGGGCUCUUUUUCUUACAAAUCUAGAAAUAGGAGAGAAGCAUCUUCCUCCUAUGGCAGCAGUUCUUAUGGCCAGGGUUCAUCUUCCACAUAUGGCAGCAGCGGGAGCUCUUACGGACAGGGUGGACAGACUGGAUCAUAUGGUGGUGGCAGCUCUGUAUCAUAUGGGCAGGGUGGACCAUAUACUGGUGGUGGUGCUUCAUAUGGACAGGGUGCACAGAGUGGAUCAUAUGGCAGUGGAACAUAUGGGCAGGGUAGACCAAGUGGCACAUACAGUGGCAGCAGUCAAUAUGGACAGGGUGCAUCAUAUGGCAGCACCCAAUAUGGACAGAGUGGGCAGAGUGGAGCAUACGGAGGCACCAACCAAUAUGGACAGGGUGCACAUUAUGGAAGCAGUUCUCAAUACGGACAGGGUGGACAGAGUGGGGCAUAUGGAGGCAGCAACCAAUAUGGACAGGGUGGGUCAUAUGGAAGCAGUUCUCAAUAUGGACAGGGUAGACCGAGUGAGUCAUAUGGUGGGAGCACUCAGUAUGGACAGGGUGGACAAACUGGAUCAUAUGGGGGCACCGCCCAAUAUGGACAGGGUCAAUCAGGUGGAUCAUAUAGUGGCACCAGUGGAUCUUAUGGACAGGGUGGACAGAGUGGCAGUGGAUCAUAUGGGCAGGGUCAACCAGGUGGAUCAUAUAGUGGCAGCAGUGGAUCAUAUGGACAGGGUGGACAGAGUGGCAGUGGAUCAUAUGGACAGGGUCAACCAGGUGGAUCAUACGGUGGGACCAGUGGAUCAUAUGGACAGGGUCAACAAGGUGGAUCAUAUGGUGGCAGCAGUGGAUCAUAUGCACAGAACUCCUCUUCCUCUGGAGGCAAUAAGACUAGUGGGCAGGGAUCCUCAGGAGGAACCCAGUCUGGUAUUCAGGGAUCGUCAUCUUCAGGAAGCAAGCCAUCUGGAGGGCAGACCGGCUGUUACUGCCCAGGCGGGGUUUCUGGAUCAUAUGGUGGACAAAGUAGCCAAUAUGGUGGUAGACAAGGUUACAACCAAUAUGGUGGUAGACAAGGUUACGGCCAAUAUGGUGGAAACACGUAUAGUGGUAGACAAGGAUAUCAUGGAAGCGGACAGUAUGGUGGUGGACGAUAUGGUGGCAGCCAGUAUGGGGGGAAAAAUGCUGCUGGGAAACACCCAUUCUCCAGCUUCUUGCUGCUUUUCAGUGUUCUGAGCGCCUUUGCGGUCUCUUCUUCAACUGAAACUAGAUGGCUGAUAUGAUAUCCUGAAGUCAUACCAAGAAACCAGAUACCUGUCUUCAACAUAACACUACACGGUUUAUUCUAAUGAGCAGCUAGACACAUUUUGUGCAGUGUCAAAAAAAGGUGCACUGUGAAAUAAGCUUUCGUACAUAUGGUAUUUCAUAUGAUAUUUCUUAAAAUGAAAGAGAUGAGGAAAAAAUAAAAGAUAAAAUGAUGAAUAUAAUUGCCUGUUCAUCUUCAUAACCUUAUAACUGUGUAUCUAUUACAGACAUAAUUGUAAUAGAUGUUACAGAUAUAAUUGUGUAUCUAUUAGAAUAUUCAAAGCAUUUAUUCAUAAAUAUUGUACUUAAAAAUUGUACUUAAAAAUAUUGAUGUAGAAUGCUUUUACAGUGUUAUAUAAAUUGCUUUCUGUCUCCUGAAGGAAAAGUGUAAUAGCCACAAUGAUGGAGCACAGAACUCCAUUUCAGGAGCAAUCCUAAGCAGGUCUACUUGGAAGUAACUCCUAUAUUAUUUAUUGGGGUUUACUCCCAGGGAAGUAUCUUUAGGACUGCAGCCUUAAGCCUCAAAGUGAGAGCCACAGCUUUUUUCAGCCUUCUGCCUUCUGUUUGCCAGUACUAAAAGCAGCCUUUUAUAUGCAGUGGCAUAGCCUAUCCCCACCAUUGGGAUAUAACUUAAGUACCUUAGCUUCUGUCUCUCACCUGCUCCAAAGCAGUUGAACAUGGCUCCUGGCUAGGUAAGCAGUGAAUGGCUACCCUACAAUUAGAUUUUGUUGUUGUUAAUACCUUUCUGUUUGUAACUCAAGAAGGAUACCUUUGAAAGACCUCUUCUGUGUGAUAAGGGCAUGCAUUUUGAAAAAGCUGGUCCUAAAAGUGCAAAUGUUUAAAAUGCUAAUUGUAUGUUUUCAAUUAGAAGUCUUUUGUAUUUGUAAGUUUUCAAUUAGAAGUCUGGUAUAAUCUCAUAUAGUUGUACAUUGCCAAACUACCACACAGGGUUAUUGUGAGGAUAAAAUGGAGAAAGGGAUAGUGUUGUAAGCCACUUUAGAUCCCCAUUGGGGAGAGAAGUGGAUAUAAACGGAGUAAAUAAAUAUAAUAAAAUACAGAGAUGAUAUAAUGAAUACAAUGGACUGAAUCCAGCCAGCUUUUUCACCCAAUCGUAUCUAAUCCAUCUCCUUACUUAUAGUCACAUGACUUUUGUUCAUGCAAGUUCCAUGAUCCCCAGCACAUUUGUGGUGGUCAAAGGGUGACCUUUUUUACCAGCAGAAAUGCUGGUUGGAUCCAACCCAACAUUUUCUUAUGUGUCCUUAUUGCAUUGCUUUUUAUGGGUGCCCCCUGAUAUUUUGUUUUCUGUAAUAGCAUUUUGCAUAAAAUCUUUUUAAGACAAUGGCUAAAAAUUCACAGCCAUUCAAAGGACAAUGUAUGCAGAACUAGAGUUGAAAGCUAUGUGAAGUCUAAUCUUACAUAGUACAAUCUAGUUAUAAACAAUGUAGGCAGAUUUAUUUUCAUUGUUUGAAUUCGAUCAAGACUUCAGAACCCAGUCCACAAUUUGAAUAUUUCCAAUUUCCAAUUAAGUCAAUAGAACUGAUAGACUAUAUUUUCUUAAUAUGACAGAAUGUCUUACUGUUUCAGUGCUAUUCAUAACAUGUAGAUGCAAGAAAUGUAAGAAAUACUACACAAAUGCCAAAUUGAUCCUAAAAUCUUUAUGAUAGAAAGUGCCUUGACAACUUAGAAACUAAAUAUACCAUCUGGAAGAUUCAUUAUGAGGCUAAAUUACAUUAAAAUUCAACAGUUAAAUCCCAAACUUACUUAGUAGCUGAAUACCAUUAAUAGGAUUGCCUGCCUGGCAAGUAACUUUGUAUAGGAUCUCAUGUUUAGGGUCUCCUAAUCCUAAUCCUUUCUGGUUUGUGCCUUUGCUGUUUCAUAAUGAACCAAUGCUGGGGUAUUUCAGGAUUCUACCUAUAAGGUUUACAAUUAAAAUAGGUCCAUAUCUACAGCUUUAAAAAGCUUUAGGGUGUCAAAAUGUAUGAAAUAUUAAUUUGAAUACAUAUUAAACCAAUUUAAUAAAUUUACCCUUGGUUUCAUACAAUCA